ACAUGGACGUCAUCUGAGCUCCUGUCUACAUGUUGUUUAAUUCGUCAGUCAACUAAUACAGUUACUCAAGGCACUCGACAGCAUUCCACAAACAUCACCAACCAAAUACAAAGCUCCAAAGACUCCACAUUCCGAACCGCCCAAGAUCGCAGAUGUCGCAACAGAUCGCCGGACAGCAGCAACGAAUAUGAAUCGCAAUCGUCAGAACCAGAUGCGCCAAAUGGAUCGCGGUAACGAGGGCCUGCAGCAGGUCAUCCAAAUGCAGGGGACCGCCGCAGGGGCUCAGGGUCAGCCGCAGGGUCAAGUUGGCGCCCAGGGACAAACUCCGGCCACGCAGACCGUGCGCCGCAAGACGACCUACACCCGGACGGAGAUGCUGUCUCGGGGACUGCCCACCACUCAAAACUAUCGCAAUGCUCCGCCAGCUGGGCAUGAUUGGAGCAACCAGUUGUCCCCGAAACCGCGCUAUCCCCAACCCCCAAAGGCUGUCGUCCCCGCCACGCCAUUGGGACAAAGCACCAAUGCCACCAAUAAGAGCAGUUCUCCUCGAAGACAGCGAAGUUUUCUGCCCCGGGUGGCCAGAUUGCCGGCCAAAUCGGAUAAAUCGCCCAAUAGAAUGCAGAAUCGAUUGGGCCGUGAGACUGAGGGCAAAGUGGAGCAGUCACACAUUCCUGUGGGUACGCAUAAACCCAUGCAUUUGGUGAAUUCACCGCAGGACAGUGAUAGCAGUAGUCCGGCUCCAAGGACCAUAAUGGCCAAUGGAGAUGGCCUAAUAAGCGAUAAUAGUAGCUUCUCGGAACGCCACAAGAUCAAGUUGGCCAAGGCCAUUCGCCUGCCAGAUGAUCAGAACAAGAGUUUCGUAUAUCUUUGCAAGCCGGUGAAGAAGGUCAAGGAGCUGCUGACUGCUAGAAGACUGCGCAAUAGUUGUGAGCAACUAAACGAGGCGAAUGAAGGGGAUUUCCUUCUGGAGGAGCUGCAGUCGACAAAGUUGCAAUUGACCCUUUCCGAGGAGGCAUUGCGCAGCAAGGGCGGCAGCGAAGAUUACGGCGACUGCAUUCUAUCCCCCAUCGAGGGUCUAACGCAGUCAUCGAGUUCCACCAGUCAGUUGGACAGUCCCACGUUGGAGGCCAUGCAGCAGCGGCAACAGCAAUUCGAGGCUAAGGCGAUGAGCAGUCAGGAGCGUUUGAAGAACCGCCUGCUGGAAGUCCGUCAGCGGCAGCGACAUUUGCUGCAAUUGGAGCACGAACAGCGCCACAAGGAGCAGCGCCAGUUGGAAUUGGAUCAGGUGUGCCAGAAUCUGCCCGCUUUGCAGCAUGAAAUACGAAUGCUUCAGCAGUUGAGCGAAAAACUGGAGGCCACACUAAGGGUGUCGAAUAUACCCAAACCCCCGACGCCAAAGAAGCGAAGCUCUAUGGUAAUCGACAAGGACUUGAAUCAGAAAUCAUCUACCCGUUUCUAUACGCCACGUACGAGUCCCUAUCAACUGGAUGAGCUGCCCAUCACCAAAUUGUGCUGUCUAAGUGUAGAACAGAUUGUUCAGCGUCCGCAAAGAGCUCGCAGCGUGGCCAUGACUCAUCAUUUUGGUUUGGUCCAGGAGUUCCGUGUGGAGACCAAGACCCUGAACGAAUUGAAGACAGCCGAUGAUUCGCAAUGCUUUUAUCUGCCAGCUCCCAGGGAGGAACCAUCGUCGUUGGCCUCGAAAACGCCCAAAGAAUUCGAUCCCCUGCAGCGAACUAAUUUCCGGAAGUUACGGGAGAACCCGAACAUACUGCUACAGCAACUGAGACCACUUAUAGCGGGGGCUGGAAGACCCUUCAACCUCUUGGAUCAGGACACCAUGUUCUUUAAUAGCCUGGCCUAUGGGGAGUCCAAACCCUUGGCUGGCAGCGCUGCCGAGCAACUCGAAGUGGCCACACGAGAGGCGGGAGGCGGAGGCGGUGGAGGAUCCAUUGCCAGUUAUGGCGGAGCCAUCGCCUAUUCACGUCUCUCGGUGCGGGUCAAUGAAGUGGGACGAUCUGCAGACCAGGGGGAUCAACUGGCGAGAGCCUCUCUAUUAUGUCCUAACCAAGUUCAUAAUACUACGCAAACGGAGCUUGAAUCGCCGAGGAAAAAUAAAAUUACAAAACAGGAAACGGAAACGGAUAUCAGUUCCCCCGAUUAUACACCGAAUCCCAGUCCCAGGCAAGUCAAGCGAAAGAAAUUUGAAGAGGUUAAGGCGAAGGUACGCAGGCAGGAGAUUCAGGAACCUGAUCCGAAACCAAAGAAGACCAGGAAUAUCAUACGUCGAGUGGCGCCCCAGUCGCCCAUCGAAAGCCGCGUAGAGCCCAAGGUGCGGUUGCAGUUGCUCAAAACCGUGCUGGUGGGUAUGGUCCAAGUUGCUGUUAUUUUAGUUCUCAUCAUGGCCUUCACCUAUCCGGAUAUUAGCUGCUAAACCAUCUACUUAACCCAUCAAUCUCUCACACACAACACAUUAUAUGUCAGCAAAACAAAACCCAUUCUUUCCAAAAUUAUUCAAACUUGUGAGAUUUUUAUCCUCAAAACGAACCAUAACGAAGGAUAUGCCAUAGAAAAUAGCAUGACACAAUAAUGGCUACACAAGCAAGCAGCGGAAAAAACGAAAGAUACAAAAAUCAAUCCACAUAAACUCCGAUAACCGAUUCGGUGUUCGAGCUCACACUUACAUUUUCGAAUUUAUUGUUUUCUUACUGGGCCGCAGCGAUGCCAAGUCGAUCAAUGUUAAUAAAAUUUCAUGUGCAAUGUG